UCAGUUGUAGCCCGGUUAUUUGAUGAUUAAAGUACUCGUGUGCCCGUAUAGUAGAUAUAUAGCUACAUGGCAUAUAUGGCCUGACGCGAGCUUUAACGCCAGUCGAGUUCCGAGGCACGGACGGCGUCGCGUCGACAAUUUCCUUCUUUUCUUUUUCUUCUUGACGUUGCACGCGCGUCCUUUAUCAUAUAUGAGCUCGCACGGAAUUCACAGUCCUUGUCGAAAUAUUAUCCUUGCGUCGAAAGUUCAACUUCGAUAGCGAUACGCCACCUUUCACACGACGCAUCGCAUAAUAUUCAGGUGUGCUAAUUGGAUUGCUGCCGAGAGCUGGCACGACGUCGAGAAUGAACGAGGAGGAAGUAGUGAGAUGCGGCCUCUUCGGCAUCAGCCCGCGAUGGCUGCAGGGCUGGGCGACCACCAAAGUCUUCAUUCUCGUCUACGGCUUGUUGGGCACCGUCCAGUCCAUGGCCUUCAUCUACACGUCCGUCAUCCUGACGACGCUCGAGAAGAGGUUCAAGAUUCCCAGUCAAUCCACAGGCAUCAUACUGUCGGGCAACGAGAUAUCUCAGAUACUCUCGGUCUUCCUGGUCUACUACGGCGGUGCGGGCCACCGCACGCGCUGGAUCGCCGUCGGCGUGGCCUGCAGCGCCCUGUCCUGCCUGGUGCUCGCCGCGCCUCAUCUCAUCUACGGGCCGGGCCAGGACGCCCUCGCCCUCACCCAGGAGUACUUCAACACCACCCUCGGGGGCGGCAACUCGCCGAACAAGACCGACUCGCUCAUCUGCUCGGCCAACAAUCGAACGGAGAGCUGCGAAAAUACGGCCGAGAAGGUGGGCCUCGAGUCGGACGUGAGCGUGCUGCCGAGGCUGCUGGUCUUUUGCUCGCAGUUCAUUUUGGGUAUAGGAACGACUCUGUACUAUGGACUGGGCCAGACUUACAUGGACGACAACACGAAGAAGAAAAACACGCCCAAAUUAUUAGGCAUCACGUUCGCCUUGAGAACCGUCGGCCCCGCUUUCGGCUUCGUCCUGGGCUACGUCUGCCUCGAGCUCUACAUCGACCCCACCCUCCACCCGAUCAUCGACAAGAAGGAUCCGCGAUGGCUCGGCGCCUGGUGGCUCGGCUGGAUCAUCUUCGGCUGCGCCUUCACCCUUUUCGCCUUCCUGCUGGCCUGCUUCCCCAAAGAGCUGAGAAAAUCGCCCAAAAAAAUUAAGAAAUUAACGAAGACUUCCGGCAAGGACGAGAGCGAGGAGCCGUUGAACGCCGAGACGAAGACACCGAAAAUAAUCAAGUACGAGAAGUCGGACCAACGAAGGCUGCCCUCGGACUUCAUCGAGAAGCCCAACGUGAGGGACUUUUUCGCGGCGACCAAGCGCAUACUUACCAAUAAGAUACUCGUUAGCAAUAUAUUCAGUGCGGUGUUCUACAUACUGAGCGCGUCGCCCUUCAUGAGCUUCGUCGUCAAGUACCUGGAAGUGCAGUUUCAGACGUCGCCUGGAGGAGGCACCAUCAUCACUGGUCCAGUGACUUUGCUGGGUAUGGUACUAGGCUUCCUGAUCUCGGGUGUGAUCAUCGGCAAGUACAAACCGUCGCCAAGACUGCUGCUCUUCUGGAACGUCCUCGUGGGUUUCGGCUACUUCUUCGGACAGAUAUCCUACACCUUUUUGGACUGUGACACGGGUACCGUUCAAGGAAUAAAUUUAGCCACCCACAAUGUCAACCUGACUGCGACCUGCAAUCUGGGUUGCAACUGCGACUUCGUCAAGUAUUCGCCCGUCUGCCACGAGGCGAGCAACACGACCUUCUUCUCGGCCUGUCACGCCGGAUGUCGAACGAUCGUCAACGACACGCAUUUCAGCGAUUGCUCCUGCGCGGCCGAUCUCGCCCACGAGGUCAUCCUGGGGGGCAGCAGCAACGACUCUCCAUCGUUCGUCGUCUACGACUCGGUGAAGGCGGGUCCCUGCAAGCGCGACUGCUUCAAGUACCAGAUGAUCUUCGCCAUGGUAUCGAUGAUCGUCAACAUACUCGGCUGCUCCGGGAAAAUCGGCAACGUUCUGGUGAAUUACCGAUGCGUCGAGACGCGGGACAAGAGCUUGGCCCAGGGUGUGGCCCUCAUGAUCAUGUCCCUAUUCGCUUUGAUACCUGGCCCGAUCAUUUUCGGGGCCAUCAUGGAUUCCACUUGUCUCGUCUGGGAUAUAUCUUGCAAGAACAGAGGCAACUGUUGGGUUUACCACAGAGACAGCUUCCGAUAUAUGGUCAACUUUUCUGCUGCAGCCUUUUGUUUCAUCGGCGUAAUGUUCGACGUUGCCGUUUGUUAUCUCGUAAAAGAUAUGGACUUGUACGGCGAGAAAGAGGAGGCGGCAAAACGUAGCGCCGUGGAUUCGCCCGAAGAUGAAGAUCAGAUAAAGGCCAUUAAAGAAGACGAGUAUUAUAAUUGAAGCGAGCAAGCGAGAGAUAAAUAUGAAAUGUGCCAAAUUUUUUAUGACUAUAAUUUUGUAUUAUAUAACAAAUCUGUAUAUAGUAACGACCUAAGAUUAUUGUUGUAUCGUAUUAUUGUUUUAUCGUUGUAAUUUUUUAACUUUUAAAACUUAUUAGAAAUUUUGAGAAAUUAAUUGCGUAUUUUACUUCAACGAUCGAGAAUAAAUAUGUUUUGAUAUUUGAAAGGCUUAUCACAAUUUUAGCUGUGUUCUGUAUGUGAAAGUGCACGUGAUGUUUCGAUCGAAAUGUGUCCGAAUUAAUCAAUUGCAUUGUGAAUGAAAAUUAUCACUUUAAAGUACAAAUUCAAUGAUUGUGUGCAUUUUUUAAUUGAUAAAAAAAAAGAAUUCAAGCUCAUUCUCGUUUCAAAUGUGUAAUGUAAAGGGAAGUCAUUUUCUUUAAUUUCGACACAAAAGAAUCAUAUGAGUGUUUGAACGAGCCAAGAAAGACUCGACGACGACGAUGACUGCCUCAAUGGGCCCUCUCGCGGCGCAAACUGUCAACUACCGGCCACUCGAUCAUCGCCAUAAAUCAUUGUAUAUUUAUCAAUUAGUGACAGUGCAAAAGCUCAACGGGUAAAUUGCAGUUUGGAAAGCGACUUUAUCUGAUUGGCUUUUGUUUACUUGUCAAACCAGAAAUAACUAGAAUUGAAAUGCAUCACUUUUUUUCUAAUUAAGAUCGAAUACCUGUUAUGUGAUUUUUUAGACGCAAUUGUUAACUGCGUCGCUAGUUCAAAUAAUGCCUAGUCAGACGAAUCGUGACACAUUGAAAACAAUACAUGGGAAACGAAAUUGUAUUUAUUUGAUAUUGUAUAUUUGUUUUUAAAAAAAGACUAUUUGUCGAAUCGUUAUGUUGUAUUUUUAAGGAUAAUGGAUCAAACAAAAGAUACUAUUCACGUGUAUUUACUUUGAUUUUGAUGUUAUUUGAUACAUUGGUAAGAAAAAAUAUACUGAAUGAUACUUUGUUUCAUCUGUUUCAACUUGCCUUAUUCCGUUAAUAAGAGUUUUUCUUUUGAAAAUUUUAUGAUGAGAGUACACCUUGUCAACUGUUCCAUAAUAAACAAAUUAAAUCAAAACAGAAAAAACUUUUCUUA